AUGGACAGGGGCAAGCAUCCCAACAAGGAGUACCGGGAUCCCCGGACCUGGAUGGUCGAUGGCAUUCCGAUCCCGCAACUGCCGAUGUCCGAGGAUGAGAUGGCGCGUGAGAACAUCCCGCGCGCCUACCGGGACGCGUGUGCGCACAUCCUAGUGCCGCUCAACAAGUGCCGUGACAAGCACGGCCACUCGCUCUGGUCCUGCAAGCGCCUCCGCCACGACUACUACCUCUGCCAGCACAAGGAGGUGAUCCGGAAGAUGGCCAUCCGCAACGAGAUGCAGAAGCAGGGCAAGCUGCCGCCCAAGCGGUGGGAGAACCCGUCGCCGGAGUACGUGAACGAGAUGCGUGCCAACGGGGUCAAGGGCUACGAGGGGUACGGCGCGUACGUCCCGGACGCCUCCAAGGGCGCCGACGUGCCGCACGCGCGCCCGGGGCAGGUCCCGUCCGCGCCGACCAACCGCCCCGCGCCGUGGAAGGUCCUCUUUUUCUGGGGCGACUACGACGGCAACCACUCCCCCGUCAAGGUCGAAUGA